AGGAAGAUUAUCACAAAACUUGCGAUGACAACAAGUGAAGAACAAAUGAAGGAUUCACCAAGUCUUCAGUACUGAUGGGUAACUGAAGUAAGAAAUGUUUAAAAUAAAACAAAUUAAAAGAACUGUGUUAUCUUUAUAAUCCAAAAAUGUCCAUAACUGCAGAACAACUGAUAUCAGAGGGCAGUAACAUUCCUCUCCAUGCCCUAAAUAUGUCUGUGAGAAACAAACUGGGGAGUUUCUUGGAUCCAGAAGGGUUUGUAACGGGAGACUACUCAAAUGAUUAUCAAGGACUUGCGGAAGUUAUUGGGUUUGAUUUUCAAGACAUCAAAAAUUUUCAAAGACAGAGAAAGCCAACUCAGGAAGUGUUAUAUCAGUGGGGAACAAAACCUGAACUUUCACCUACAGUAGAUAAUCUUAUUAAACAUUUGCAGACGAUAGGGAGAGCUGAUGACGUCAUAACGGAGUGCGCCCAUCUCAUUAAAAAAGACAUUGAUCGUUACAAAGCCUGUCACAAAGACAUUCCUCAAGUGAUUCAGGAUCCAAGGAUAUCUGCUGGCCCAAUACCAUCAACUGAACAGGUGGCUAAAAAAGACACUAUAAUAACGAUCCAAGACGUCCAGACCAAAGAUGACACAUUAUAUUACGACGCCUUUGUGAUAUACAAUCCUGCUGGAAAGGAUUUGGAGUUUGUGAGGGAAAUGGCCGACAAGCUUGAGUCUCCGCCUUACAAUAUGAAGCUCUUCAUUCCAUGGAGGGAUGACCUUCCAGGAACGGCUCGUUAUGAAAUCAGUGCACAUAUGAUUGCAACAAGAUGCCGAAGAACUUUGGUUAUUUUAUCUCAAGAUUUCUUGAAAAGUGCUGCCGCAGACUUUCAGUUAAAGUUUGCCCAUUGUCUCUCGCCAGGUGCCAGGAGCAAAAAAGUAGUCCCUGUGUUUUCGUCCCCCUGUAAAAUGCCGGACAUCCUUAGAUCAGUGUCCUUCGUGGACUUCACUAAUCCAGGUCUAAGGGACUGGAACUGGCCUCGACUUAGCGCUGUACUACAGUGUCCCCUAAAUCCUGACCCCCGGGACUAUAUGAGUGAGGAAGAACUUGAAGAGUUAAAAUUAAACGCCGGGGAUCUAACUACCAGGGGCUGGUGGUCCACAGGGGUCCUCACCAUGAAUUUUCCAGAGGAAUCAGAAGAUAACACACCAUACAACGGAUGACUGAAUUCAUUAGUAAUAUACAUGUACUCGUGUAUGUUUCUUGGAAUUUGAACGAGUUUAACCUUCAAUCAUUUGGUCUAAUAUGAUGGCAUACUUGAUUAAUCGAAAAAAUUGAUAAAUCUAUCAUUUGUCAGAAGAUCUAUAAUUUUCCAAUUCAUUUAAAUUUAUAGAUUGUUGGGUUUGAUGAUAUAUAGUUUCACAUUAUUAUAAUGUGAUACUUGUUACUUUAUUUUAUUUUGAGAAUGAUACAAGGGGCCUGAACACAGUUGCAAUGACGUUUUGUCUACAAUUCUGAAAUUCUAUUUUCAUUCAAAAAUUAACUUCAGUUAAAUGAAUUGAAUUAAUAUACACACUCUUGAAAUUCAGUGACGACGACAUUCUUCUGAACAUAUUAUUAGUUCAAAUAUCUAAAUAUCUUUGAUAAAUUUAUUAACAUUGGCACGAGUUCUGUUAUAGUUAAAGUUUUACCAGGAAUCUUCAAUUUAUUAACUCAGCACAUACUGAACCCGAACUACUGAUAACGCUGGUUUGCUUGCUUUGCUUACAUUCUUGAUUUUAGUUUUUAAUUAAUAUUUUUCAUUAAAACACAACAAAUUUUUCAUUUUCUUAACCGGUCCUUCGGAUAAGACCGUAUAAACCGAGGUCCCGUGUCGCAGUAGGUGCUGGCACGAAAAAGAUCCCUCACUGCUCAAAGGCCAUAAGUGCCGAGUAUAGGACAAAAUUUGCAGCUCUCCACCGGCAAGUGGUGGCGUCUCCAUAUGAGUGAAAAGUUCUCGAGAGGGACGUUAAACAACAUACAAUCAAUCAACAAUCAAUCAUUUUCUUAAAUUUUAAGAAUAGACUAUACUUUGUGACAGUGGAAUGAAUGUGUGUCAAUCAAACUCGUCCUGAAAUUCGUUGUUUAAAAUAUUUUCAGAUAAAAAAGUUUGUAAACGAGCUUUUAUGAUAUAUCGGUCUGAAAUGCUCUAGAAACACGUAAGCCAUGAUAUUAUACCGAAAGUUUUAGAAAAUAUUAACUUCAAACAUAUGUUCAAGCCCCUUUAAAGUAAUUAUUUUUUACGAUUGUAAUAAAUGUUACCCAACAUUC